AUGGCCCCACUGGUGCGACAGGUGCACAUUCAGCAGCAGCAGGAUGGAAAUGAUCCACAACCAGUCACAUCUAAUGCCGGCCGGGUUGGUGUGGCACCUUUGCAUCGUUGCGGCAGCGAUCCUGAUCCGUUCGUUACCUUCGACCCUGCAUUCGAGAAUGGAAACCCGUUUUCACCGGGAAUCUGGGACGAAAAGAAAGGCCGACCGAAAGCUGUUCUUUCGUUUUCGGGUAUUAUUAUUUCUGUCGGGAUUGGUGAAAGGACCUUGGACGAGGAAGCUUCUCCGGCUGGUGCUGCUACUCUCUGGGAAAGUGGUGAUGACGGCAGGCGAGCUGCCGACAAUGACCUGCCUCAAGAAUUUUUCCGCUUCCGUGCGGAAGGUGGUGUCGAGAACGGGGUGGGUAAUUUGAAAGCGAUAGCGUUUGCUACGAUGGAAGGCUUUAUGACCAAGCAGCAAUUGACAACGAGGAGAACUACGUUGCUCGCUUCGUUGAGCCGCGCCGAGCAGUUUAUGGAACGAUACAAUGAGGAACGGGACAAACUCGAGGCAGCUUUCCACGACACAUUUUCCGCGCUCAUACACUCGAAUCCUGACGUGGCAGGAAGUUACCCAGUAACAUCGACACAAACGCGCGAUGGUCCCAUUAAUGAAUCUUCGAUGUUUUCCGCGACAACUGCCGUCAAAUUAGCGAAAUCUGGCCACCAUUCACCGCUGCCUGAUGCCGAGAAGAGUAUUUUAAUGCUGACGGUGGUUCUGGUUGUAGUCGAUCGAUAUGGGAAGGAACAUUUGGCUCGAGCUUUGCUGGACUGUGGUUCGCAGCCAAACAUAAUUUCCGAAAGAAUGGUACAAAUCCUUCGGUUAAAGCGAAAAAGGGCGAAUGUGCUUAUUCAGGGAAUAGGUAACCAGCCACAACAUGUAACUCAAUCCGUUUCCACGCAAGUCCGGUCUCGCAAGGAAGAUUUCGCUUUGGAUGUGAACUUCUUGAUUUUGGAAAAGGUAACGUCAAACUUACCAGCCUGUGACGUGCUUAUUGAUGACUGGUGUCUUCCCGAGAAAUUAUUUUUGGCUGAUCCAAAUUUCAACAAACGAGCCGGUAUUGAUAUGAUAAUCGGAAACGAACACUUUUUCUCAUGUUUUAAAACAGCUGCAAGAAUUGAGCUAUCCAAUUCCCUGCCGACGUUAGUGGACAGCGUCUUCGGAUGGUUAGUUUCAGGAACAGCGACUAUAUUUCAACCCUCACAUGAAGUUUUGCAUCACUCCAUUACCGCUGUUUCGCUUGCUACCCUCGAGGAAAGUUUAGAACGGUUUUGGGAAACAGAAGAGCUGCCAAACCAAUCCAAUUAUUCCAUAGAUGAGCAAAACUGUGAGCAGUUAUAUGCAGCGAAUGUUGCCAGAGAUUCUGAGGGAAGAUACGUGGUGCGAUUUCCCCGCCACCCCAACUUCGAAGAAAUGCUUGGGGAGUCUAAAGCGGCUGCACAGAGACGUUUUGAAUCACUAGAGCGAAGGUUGUACCACGAUGACCAGCUGCAAAAAGAAUAUAGUAAAUUCCUUCAUGAGUACAUAGCCCUUGGACAUAUGCGCCUGGUUCCACCCCACGACAAAUUUGUUUCCAACCAAUGUUUCCUCCCACAUCACCCGGUUGUCAAAGAGCUUGCCGAAGACGAAGGAAGGUCGUACCCCUUGGGAGGCCCAGCUCUGCGGAAAGGCUAUUACGUUGAUGAUUUCAUCGCCGGAGCUCAAUCAGUGGAAGAAGCAACACAACUACGAUCUGAGUUGAAUGAACUGUUAUCCAAAGGCGGAUUUUCUCUGCGAAAAUGGACAUCGAACAAGCUCCAGGUUCUACAGGGCCUUUCGGCGGAUGAAAUUGGAACUCACUCAUCUUUGAAGUUCGACAAGGAUGAAACUGUCAAAGCUCUCGGCAUCUCAUGGGAACCUCAAAGAGACAUAUUGAGAUUCGAUACUAACAUCAGCCAGAAAGGAAAGUUGACAAAGCGAGCAAUACUUUCCAAAAUUUCACAACUUUUCGACCCUUUGGGUCUGAUCGCUCCAGUUAUAAUACGCGGAGAAAUUCUAAUGCAACACCUGUGGUUGGAGUCCUAUGGAUGGGAUGAUGAAGUUCCCGAGAACAUAGCAACGAAAUGGAAACGAUACUCCGAGCAGCUACCAUUGCUAACUGGUUUUAGAGUGAGCCGCUAUGCCUUUCUGCCGAACGCCGAGAUUCAACUACACACGUUUGCAGACGCCUCCGAAACAGCCUAUGGAGCAUGUACAUACGCAAGAUCCGUCGACACUCAGUGCAAUAUUUCAGUACAACUGUUGGCUUCAAAAUCUCGUGUAGCACCGCUCAAGCGGGUUACUCUUCUUAGGCUGGAGUUGUGUGCUGCUGAUCUUGCCGCAAAACUCCAUUCCAGGAUAAUCCAAGCACUGCAGAUUAAUAUCGCCUCAUCGUUUUUUUGGUCCGACUCCAUGGUUACAUUACAAUGGCUGAAAUCUCCGCCAAACACCUGGAAAACCUACAUAGCCAAUCGAGUGUCGGCUAUUCAGACUGCUACCCACGGAGCGCAAUGGAAACAUGUUGCUAGUAAGCAAAACCCAGCUGACCUAGUAUCACGGGGUUUGGAGACAAGUGAACUUUUAAACAGCGCAGUUUGGAAACAUGGUCCCGCCUGGUUAUCCCUCAUCCAAGAACAGUUUCCUUCAUCGAGCAUUCCCGAUUACCCCAACGAUGGAAAAGAAAGACGAAAGGUGGUAGUUGCUAGCGCCAAAAUAGAACCACUGCACAAUCCCUACUUUUCACGAUUUUCAUCGCACAAUCGACUUGUUCGCGUUACAGCUUAUUGUCUCCGGUUUGCCCAAAGAUGUCUCAUGAAAACCCGGACGCAGUUAUCCAAUGAACCCCUACGUAUUUCGCUUGCAGUCAAGGAGUUGACAAACGCCCAAUCGAUUCUCGUUCGAAUUGCUCAGCAUGAUGUGUUCAAGCAGGAGAUCAAAGAUUUGAAAAGGGACUGA